AAACGGCUGUCGCGCAAGGCAGUCGUGCUCCAAUUAUUAUUUAUCAUAAACUUUAACAUAUACAGUAACUAAUAGAUAUUUAUAACCUUGUAGGAAAUCGCCUUUAUAUACGACAGUCAUGGGAAUAAAGAAAAAAAAGGAACCAACGCCAGAACCGGAAUACAAAGUAUCCUACUUUCAAAUAUUUCGAUAUGCGACUUGUACGGAGGCAUUAGCGACCAUCACUGGGAUCCUGCUGGGUCUUCUAAGCGGCGGUGGUGUGUGCUACAAUCUCGUACAGUUCGGCGAGCUUAGCACAUCAUUCGUCGAGAGGACGGCCAACCAAGACCAGCUCUCCAGCUAUUUACCAUUGACAACAUUGUUUGGUGGCGGGAGACGACUGUUUAAUGCCUCACAUGAAGAGAAUAUGGAAGCUUUAGUGGAAGACGCAAAAGCGAUGUGUAUCGGAAUGUUUGUCUCUAUCGGCAUCUCACUCAUAUUCUGCAUAUUUUCUGUUGGACUUCUCAGUUGGAGUGCUUUAAGACAAAUAACAAGAAUACGCAUGUUGUUUUUGGAAGCGGUACUACGACAAGACAUGGCAUGGUUCGACACUGACUCCGAGUUCAACUUAGCCUCGAAGAUGUCGGAAAAUAUGAUGAAGCUCAAAGAAGGUAUGGGUGAGAAACUCGGAGUUGUUGCUAAUCUCGCGGGCACUGCUAUCCUGUGCCUUUGCCAAUCGUUUCCAAUGGGCUGGGAAUUAACAUUGGCUUGCAUCACUGUUGUGCCUUUCUCUAUCACAGCUUCCAUUAUUUUAUCAAACUAUCAAACGAAGUCAUCAAUAAGAGAGAUGAACGCUUACAGUCAAGCUGGUAAGCAAGCGGAAGAAGUAUUAAAAUCUGUAAGAACUAUUGUUGCAUUUGGCGGAGAGACCAAAGAGGUUGACAGAUAUCGUCGUUUACUCGAGCCCGCCGAACGCUACGGGCGCAAAAGAGGAUUAUACACUGGUUUGGGAACUGGCUUUAAUUGGGUACUUACAUAUUCAUUGAAUGCAAUAGGCCUCACGUAUGGCGCUCGACUUAUCCUCAUCGAUUGGGAGAAACCUACUGACGAAAGGAAGUAUCUUGUCGGAGUUGUAUUCAGUAUUCUAUUCAGCGUGUAUAUGGCAACUCAGUCGAUAACGUUCUGCGUACCUCACGCGGAAGUAUUCGCAGCGGCGCGGGGAGCUGCGGCUAGUAUCUUCAAGUUAUUAGACAGAGAGCCAACGAUUGACAGCCUGGAUAAAGGAGGUCUUAUGCCACGAAGAGUUCUAGGGGACAUCAAGUUUGAUGAUGUCCACUUCAGCUAUCCAUCUCGACCUAAUGUUAAGGUACUCCAAGGAUUCUCCCUGCACAUUAAGGCAGGUGAAUGCGUCGCGCUUGUUGGCUCCUCAGGUUGCGGCAAGAGUACUAUUCUGCAGUUACUACAGAGAUUAUACGACCCAUUGCUGGGGACUGUCAAACUAGACGGGAAGAACGUUAAGAGUUUAAAUCUAGGAUGGCUCAGAUCUAGUUUAGGUGUUGUCGGUCAGGAGCCAGUGCUGUUCCGAGGGACGAUAUUCGAAAAUAUUUCAAUCGGUAUUCCUGAAGCGACAAGGGAAGAGGUUCAAAGAGUUGCAGAGAUGGCGUAUGCACAUGAGUUCAUUACUCAUCUUCCUAAUGGUUACGACACAGUGAUUGGUGAAAGAGGUGCUUCGCUAUCUGGUGGACAGAAGCAGAGGAUAGCUAUAGCGAGGUCGCUCCUGCGCGAACCGGCCGUGUUACUACUGGAUGAAGCAACUUCAGCCCUUGACCCGCAUUCUGAGCGGCAAGUACAAGCCGCGCUGGACCGAGCUAGUGCCGGUCGAACCACGAUCAUGGUUUCACACAGGUUAUCAACGAUUGUAAACGCUGACCGUAUCAUAUGCAUGGAUCAGGGCGCUAUUGUUGAACAAGGGACACACGAAGAACUUAUGAAAGUCAAAGGUUUCUAUCACAAAUUGGUAACGACUGGUAACGAGAACAAAGAACCAGACGUUAUAGAGACAUUGCCUGAGGAAGGUGACGGCGUCGUAGAGAAUGGAGAUGCAGCUUUGGUACCAAGAGUUGAUGUGAAACGCAGAUCUACACGACGAUUGCACAGACAUCAUUCCAUUAAACGAGAAUCACACGAUUGGAUGACACCACGCGGUUCAAUAAGUUCUGUCAUAUCGACCGGCCUUCAGAACAUGGUGUUCAACAGUGAAUUCGAAUCUGAAGAUGAAGCGGACAAUGACGAUGAAGAAAUCAAACCCGUUAGUGACUGGGCACUUCUGAAGCUCAACGGAAAAGAAUGGCCGUACAUUGUAGUCGGCUCAAUCGCUGCGUUUGUUCAAGGCGCUUGCUUCCCAAUAUUUGCCCUCUUGUUUGGUUACACUGGUGGUAUAUUCGUUCUAAAGGAUCACAGCGAGAUUAUUUACCUGGCAGACUUUUAUUCGGGUAUGUUUGUGGUUGUGGCAGCUGUAGCUGGAGUGUCAAUGUUCCUUCAGAGUGCGACGUUCACACACGCUGGUUUGAAGAUGACAACAAGAUUGAGACAUCAAUACUUUUCUGCUAUACUGAGACAGGAAAUUGGCUUCUUUGACAAAGAGAAGAACACAGUCGGAGCGAUGUGCGCGAGGCUAAGUGGUGACGCGGCUGAGGUGCAAGGAGCUACCGGGCUGAGGAUAGGCCUCAUACUACAAGGCACCAGCUCCGUCGUUGUCGGAUUUAUAAUGGCAAUCUGUUACAACUGGAAGUUGACUCUAGUUGGAACCGCGUUCUUGCCACUUAUGGUGGGAAGCAUCUGGCUAGAAGGAAUUGUAUCGCAAAAAUCACAAACAGACGAGCGAGCGGCAAUGGAAUCUGCAACUGCAAUAGCAACUGAAGCAGUUGUCAGUAUUAGAACAGUCCAGAGCUUGGGAGUGGAAAAAACAUUUUUGAAGAGGUUCGAAGAGGGAUUGAUGGAAGCUGGCGCUGCUAUGACCAAGAAGACUAGAUGGCGUGGAUUGGUGCUCGGUCUGGGCGUGUAUGUGCCUUUCAUGUCGUACUGCAGUGCGACAGUGUACGGUGCAGUACUCGUCGCGUACGAGGGACUUGAAUACAAAAUUGUACUUCUGGUAAAUGAAGCUCUGAUGUACGGGGCUUACAUGUUAGGACAAUCUCUGGUUUAUGCUCCUAGCUUCAAUUCGGCCAAAGCGUGCGGUGCAAGAAUACUAUCAGUCAUUCAUAGACAACCUAAAGUUAGGACAGAGGAUGGCUUAAAGGAUAGGCGAGAUUGGACUGCAACUGGUAACUUUAGCAUCAAAGACGUAGAAUUUAGCUAUCCGACUAGACCCCACCAGCAAAUUCUUAAGGGCAUAGACCUAAAGGUUGAAGCGGGAAAAACUGUAGCAUUAGUUGGAUCGUCUGGAUGUGGUAAAUCUACCAUAUUGCAAUUGAUGCAACGUUUCUACGAUCCCGAUUCUGGUAACAUUGAAUUGGACAACCGCGACAUCCGUAUGUCUCUAACACUACCGCGUCUUCGACGACAAUUAGGCGUGGUGCAGCAAGAGCCGGUGUUGUUUGAUCGCACUUUAGCGGAGAACAUCGCUUACGGUGACAAUAAUCGUAAAGUUUCAAUGCACGAGAUUAUAAGCGCUGCUAAAGCCGCGAAUAUACAUAGCUUCAUUGUUUCUCUCCCCAAGGGUUAUGAUACGAACCUUGGCUCUAGCGGCGCUCAACUGUCUGGAGGACAGAAGCAACGGGUGUGUAUCGCGAGGGCAUUGAUACGAUCCCCGCGACUUCUAUUGCUUGACGAGGCAACUUCAGCGUUAGAUGCUAACAGCGAGAAGGCUGUGUCUGAAGCGUUGGAAAAAGCUGCCAAAGGACGUACGUGUAUUACGAUUGCUCAUCGUCUUUCAACGAUUAAGGAUUCGGACAUCAUCUGUGUUUUAGAUAAAGGUAAAAUCAUCGAACGUGGAACUCACACGGAGCUACUAAAUCUGAAAGGAUACUACUGGAGAAUGUCCAAAGGUCAACAAAUGACAUGAACGAAACUUUAAAUGGCCUUAAGUAUACAAAUGAAACUCCAAUUUUCGAAUACAAUUUAUUCAUUUAAUUAAGAAACACAUGUGCCAUUUAUUUGUCGAAUGAAUUUUAUAUAAAUCAAAACAAACUUAAAAUAGUAUCUUUUAUUUACAGUUUGAUUCAAAAUGCAUAUUACAAAUGAAAUACGUCAUAAUUAUGAGAAACUCCAAAAUCUUUGUCUUUACCCUGUAUUCAAAAAGCGAAACAAUAUCCCGGGGUUUCUGAGACCAAAAUCCUUUUUUAAAAAAUAUUAUCUGUAUUUUGUCAAAGAUGAACGUAGGUAGGGAUGACGAUUCGUUUUAUUCAGAAAUGUUCGUCUCAGAAACCCACGGUAACAGGUCAAGUUUUAAUAAUGUGACACAACUUAAAAUACUUAUUUUAAAACUUCAUAAUAAAUGUUCUGUUCUUAUAUUAUUAAUGUUGAAUAAACCACUAUACUUAGUCUUUCCAACGACCACUUAGUCUAUAAUUAGUAUGAGGAAUCUAUGCUAAGUGACUGAAGAGACCAGACUCGGGAAUGUAAACAAUAAAUCUUUAAUUUGUUAUCAUCGCAAAUAGACGAAUAAAACUUUUACGAGUAAAAAUUUAUAUCAGUCUUCAUACAGUAAAAUAUUCCUUAAUUCAAUAAGUGAUGUUUAGAUAAUUUUAUAUGUUCAUACAAUUCCAAAAUUUUUGUACAAGUGUUUUGUCAAUGGAAACACUAAGAAAUACACAUGUUAUGAGGUACAUGUAAAAAUCCCUAAAGACUUUAGCAUAGCUUGGUAUAUUUAUUUUACUUCAUGAUAAAAAUCCACGAGAUAUUUUUUUAAAGAACAGAACACUAUAUUUAAUAUUACGAUAUAAAUGGUUACAUGAUUACAUAGGCGAUUAUAAAAUGAUUAUAUAAUUAAAACGAAUAAAAUAUAUGUGAGACAGCACAAAAAUCACUAUAUAUUAUUAAAAAAAUAAAUAUAGGCUACAACAUUGCGUGUGUGCGUAGUAAGAAAACAAUUUACAAUCUAAGUAAUGUCUUUAUAACCGUGAGUUUCCACUGUGGAAAUAUUUUUUGACGUGUACAGCUGUAGAAUCCUGCAGUAAUUCAUUACUAUGUGACACGCGUCUCUGUUUUAUUGAAAGCGAAUGUGUGAGAUGAAAAUAUGUGUCAUAAUAAAUGUAGCUACAGUGGAAACCCACAUUAAUAGGCAGACUUACUUUGGUUUUUAGGUACACAACGAUAUCAUGUAUGCGUUAUAUAACCUUCAUUUCUACAUUGUCUUUAAGAAGUCAAAACCUCCAUUUUAGCAUCUACGAAUCUAUGAUUCAUUAAACGACUGUUUUACAUACGGCUACAUAUAUACGAUUAACCGUUGGUUUCUGAGGCAUAAAUCUCUGUUUAAAAUAUAUCCCUGUCAUUACCUUUGACAAAAUAGAGAUAACAAUGUGUUUUAAACAGGGAUUUUGGGUCAGAAACCUACAGUAAGACUUAAGUUUACGGAAUACGGAAACAAAACCAACAUCAAAUAUGUAUUUAAAUGCUUUCUGACAUUCCUAAGAAAAAGAGAUAUCCGCAAAAUGUUCCAAAAAAAAUGAUGUUAGCUUUUUAUCUACGCGUAUUUCUGCGUACAUUUCUAUUGAUAAUAUGCUUAAAGUAAAUAAGAAUAAUUAAUAAUAAGUUUAUAAUAGCGCCUGUACAAAUGGUACAUUCACAACCAAGCCUUGCACGCGCGGUCGUUAUUAAAAUUUGCCUAUGUAAGGUAUCGAUUAUCAAAUUAAUGUCAAACAAGACUAUUAAAAAACUGGGGAUCUGGUAACUGUUUAUCUCAAGAGAUCAAAUGAAUACAUAAAAAAAUGUUAUACGUAUUCCAUUUAAAGGGACAAACGAAAUUAUUAAUUUUAAUAAACGAACGUUGAAAAACAUUUUAAUUUUAUAACUAU